GGCUAAUGGUUUUAGCAUAGACGUCAAUAUAAACACUACUGCUUCGGGUUAGCUUAGCUACACCCGAGAGUUUGUUUACAAUAUGGCGUUGGCAGACUGCGCAUGUUCAGAGUUGAACCGGAAGAGUCUCCUAAGACUUCCGGGUCCGAUCGUUGCUAUGACAACCAACACAGACAGUAGCUCGCUAGCGCACUGCUUGAGGCACACAGUUUAAGCACUUUUAUAAGAAAUGUCAGCGCAUUCCAACGCUACGCAAAUAAACACCAGUUGUAGCCCACUUUAAGGCGUGGCGCUUAAAACUCAGUUUGUUAAGUGAGAUAAAACUUUAAGAGGCAGAUUCACUGCAACCAACACACUAACAAUAAUGCGAUCACGGCGGAUCUGACAUUUCCGUGCCAGCUUCUCUAGACACACAAACACAGCAGGGCUUCUUCUCUGCUGGUGACACAAAUUUAAAGAUCCUACAUCUGACUGAGAGCAUUCUGGGUCUUGUGUCCUAAACUGUGGCUUUAACAGAUUCCAGGAAUUAAAUCAUUAUUCUCAGUUCAGAAGAAUGAAAUUCAUCACUGGAUAAAUUUGUACCAAAAUUACAUUUAAUUAAUCUGUAGUCAGUGCUUAAACAUAAGUAAGCAUUAUCUGCUCUUUCUGAUGUAAAUGAUGACUGUAACAGGUCAUAAUGUGUCUCUUUAAAACUCCUCCUAGUGAGGAAGUGCUGAGUCUGAGACGAAUGCAGUCCUUCAUAAACAGCCUGCAGUGUUCUGCUCUGGGGAGUUUAGUUUUAUUCUCGGUUUAUGGAGGAAUCUGACUAUCAUUUUCAACACUGUGAAAGGAGGUGAUUACUAACUGGACCUACAAAGUUAUUUGUUUAACCUGAAAGAAACCUGAAAUCAGGGUGUGAUUACUUUUUAUCAAAGUGAAAGUGAAACUCUGAGCAUUCAGACUGGAGAGAACAACAACAGCAGCAAAAUAAAAUGGCUUGUAAGUUUUCAGAGGAGGAUUUCUCCUGUCCUGUGUGCUGUGAAAUCUUCAAGGAUCCUGUUGUUCUGCGCUGCAGUCACAGUGUGUGUAAAGUGUGUUUGCAGCAGUUCUGGGAGACCAAAGGAUCCAGAGAAUGUCCUGUUUGUAGGAGGAAGUCAUCUCUAGAAAACCCUCCCAUAAACCUGGCCUUAAAGAACCUGUGUGAGACUUUCUUACAGGAGAGAAGUCAGAGAUCUUCAUCAGUGUCUGAAACAGUCUGCAGUCUGCACAGUGAGAAACUCAAACUCUUCUGUCUGGAGGAUCAACAGCCGGUGUGUGUGGUGUGUCGGGAUUCAAGAAAACACACCAACCACAAAUUCUGCCCCAUUGACGAGAGAGCAACAGACUGUAAGGAGGAGCUGAAAACUGCACUGAAGCCCCUACAGGAGAAACUGAAGAUCUUUAAAGACUGUAAACUGAACUGGAGUCAGACUGCAGAACAUAUAAAGAUUCAGGCCCAACACACAGAGUGGCAGAUUAAGGAGGUGUUUGAGAAGCUUCACCAGUUUCUACGAGAUGAAGAGGCAGCCAGGAUCUCUGCACUGAGAGAGGAAGAGGAGCAGAAGAGUCAGAUGGUGGAGGAGAAGAUUGAGAAGCUGAGCAGAGACAUAUCAUCUCUUUCAGACACAAUCAGAGCCAUACGAGAGGAGAUGAGAGCUGAAGAUGUCUCGUUCUUAGAAAACUACAAGGCCACAGUGAAAAGAGCUCAGUGCACACUGCAGCAUCCAGAGGAGCUUUCAGGAGCACUGAUCCAUGUGGCAAAACAUCUGUCCAACCUGAAGUUCAGAGUCUGGGAGAAGAUGCAGGACGCUGUCCAAUACACACCUGUAACUCUGGACCCCAACACUGUUCAUCCUAAACUCAUUGUAUCUGAUGAUCUGACCAGUGUGAGACUCAGUGAUGAGAAACAGAAAAUACCUGAUAAUCCAGAGAAAUUUGAUGAUUGUUUGUGCAUCCUGGGCUCUGAGGGCUUUAACUCAGGGACACACUGCUGGGAUGUUGAAGUUGGAGACUGUACAGUCUGGUUUGUGGGUGUGAUGACAGAAUCUGCUCAGAAGAAGGGAGACGUAUUCUCCAGAAGUGGAAUCUGGUGUGUGAGGUAUUAUAAGGAUAAAUAUAGAGCAGAUUCUACACCACAGCCAGAGACUCUCCUCUCAGUAGCACAGAAACUCCAGAGGAUCAGAGUGCAGCUGGACUGGGACAGAGGAAAGCUGUCAUUCUCCGACCCUCUCACUAACACACACAUACACACUUUCACACACACAUUUACUGACAAAUUACUGCCAUUCCUAUGUGUUUAUGGUAAAGAAUCUCCUCUAAAGAUCCUCCCACUUCAGUGCUCUGUAAGAGUGAAUCAGAUCAGUUAGAGCUGAUAUUAUUUAUUCCAGUUCAUUAAUGAAAUAUUGCAGAUUAAAACAUUUAUAUUCUUUGUGAAAGUUUGUUUUUACAGAAUCACUGAACAGUUCAUUGUGAAAUGUUUUUUGAAGACCUAUGACGUUAUUUCGACUCGUCAGUUAAAUCAAUAUAAUGUGAAAACUGGAAAUAUUGAUAGAAUAUCUUAUUCUGAGUACUAAAAAAUAUAAUAUCUUAAAAUACUGACACAUCUUGAAAUUCCUAUUUAUUAAAUGACUAACUCCAUCUUUUUCGCACAACUUUCAGUUCAGGGCUUCCACAAACAAACAAACCGCAGGAUGAAAUUAAAAUAAUAAACUUGUAUUUAAAUGUAGAAUUUGAAAUCUGAAAUAGAUUUAAUUUUAUUGAUGUAUUUUAAAUCACUUUAAAUAAACUGAGACUUUGAAAA